AUGACUGAUGAAGUUCCGGAAAAAGAUUAUGAUUUAAGCAACCUUCCUCCUGAAGCAUUUGCUGACCCAAAUCCAGGAGCUCAAGUUGUAGAAGAAGAUAAUAAUCCAAUAAUUUAUUCACUUCCGCUCAACAAGCGUAAAUUUACUAAAGACACAGAACCUGAUGAAUGUGGAGAACCAUCAAUAUCAAAAGAUGCAGCUACAAAAUCAUUAAGCUUAUUAAUAGGAAAUGAUUUCAAUUUACUCAAAAAUCGCGCUUUCAAAAACAAGAUUAAAGGUCUUAAUGCACUACAAAAUAUCUUAGGAAAGGAAUGCGAUUUGGAUUCAAAUGCAGAUGCUAUUUAUCGUGGUUUAGAAGCAAUUAUUGGCUGGAAAGAGAGAAUUGCGGCCGUUAACAGUUUGCUUAUUGAUGUUUUCCGUACAGUAUUAGUAAAGUCAAACAAUAUUAAGAAAGCUACAGUUGCAAUCAUCAUUCCGUUUUUAAUUGAUAAAUUAUCCGAUCGUGCUCUUAAAGACCCUUCAUCAGAGCUACUUGAAAUGAUUGCUCAAGCAAUCUGUCCUUCAUUUGUUUUACUUCAUGCAGGAAAAGCCAUUGCCGCUCUUAAAAAUGGAAAAGUUCAGGCAUCAGCACUCGAAGUCUUAGUUAAUAUUGUUAAGAAAUUCGGUAUAGGAAGUAUAUCCAUUGAGCAUUUCCUUCCUGUUUUAAUUUCUCUUCUUCAAAAUACAAAUACCGCUGUUAAAACACCAGCAAUUGUAAUAUCAACAUAUAUCUACAAACAAUUAGGAGAGACAUUCCAAAAACAGUUAGAAUCUCUUCCAGAGUCAGUUCAGUCCACAUUAUCAAAUGAAUUUAAGAAUGCAGAGAAUCUUCCAGCUCCUACAGAGAAGUUCUAUAGAACAAGUGAUAACAAAGCCCUUGAAGAACUUGCCAAACUUAACGAACAACUGAACAAGGAAAAAGCUGCCGAAGAUGCCGCAAAAGCAAAAAUUUCAAAUGUUAUAACUCCAGAAGUUUUGGCAGCGGCAGAAGCAGCCCAGAAGUUCAAAGAUUUCGAUGAAUUCUUCAAGACAAUUGACGGAGCAAUCGCUGAAAUGCCUUACGUGAUGACAAGUGACCUUGGCCCUGUAAUGGCUUUGUUCAAAAACUAUAUGACAAAAAGUGACAGAAUUAUAUUAAACACAUUCACAACUCUUGCAAAGAUUGCUCAAAAAGCCGAUGGCGAUUUUGAUAAAUACGCACGUCUCUUUGCUCCUUUCAUUGUCCAGAAGUGGACUGAUUUCAAUGAACACAGCAGAGACAUUGUGACAGCAACUGUCAACGCUUUUCUUCCGAAAUCAGGAACAACUCCUUUUGUUGAUGCUCUUUCUAAAACAGUUUCAGAUCCGAAGUUCCAAAGUUCAUCAAGGUUGACAUCUCUUGCAUGGAUGGAAAGUGCUUUUCAGCAGUUCACUCCAGGAGAUAUCGAAAAACUUAAAAUAAUCGUUCAAUCAUUUAUGAACGAUAAAGUUGCAAAUGUCAGGAAAGAAGCACAAAAACUCUUAGAUAUGAUGGGUGUUCCGCAGAAACCGAAAGAAGAUGCAAUUCCUCAGAAGUCAAUCAAAGAAAUCCCACAAUCUCCAAUAACAAGAAAUGUUAGAAAGAGCAAAAGAAUUUCCGUAGAAAAGAAAGAUCCAAAUGAAUCAUCAGUGAUGAUACAAAAAGAAAAAGAAGUUGAAAAACCACAAGUUGUAGAUGUUCCAAGAUUCUCUCAGGCAACACAAUCAAAGAAACAGAAGAGAUUAGCCAUAUUGAUUAGAGUUGGCUCUGCUUUAAUAGCCAACAAGCAAAAUAUUAUUCCUUUCAGUGAUAAAUGCAAAUUAGAUGCUUCAAAUCAUCUUCCACAGACUUUUACAACAAAAUUGUUCUCAAAUCAAAUGAACGAACAACUGAAAGCUCUUGAAGAAAUGAACCAAUUCUUCCAAGGAAAUGAAUCAUCAUUUUAUAAUACAUCAGAUAUUUUCUUGAGAUGGCUGAUCAUUAAAUUGUUUGACAAAAACAUCAAAGUUGUUCUUGAUGGAUUCCAAUUCAUGUCUAAACUUUAUUGUGACAAUAAUCCUAUGACAUCACAAGAAAUGGACAUGAUUAUUCCAAUCAUUUUCUGGUGCAUGGACAAUAAAUCUCAGCAAAUCGUUGAUGCAGCUUUAGAUUUAUUAGUUAUCAUUAGAUUGCACUCAGAUAUUAACGAAUACUCCUUGAGUUUGCGCUCAUGCAUUCCAGGAGCAACAAACCAAGUAUUGAUUCAUAUUUUCUCCGAAUUACAAUUAUGUGUUGGAGAAAAUUCUUCAAACAGAGAAGUUUUCUACGAAUUGAUGGGAUACACAAAUAACAGUGAAGUUGGAGUUUCAGCAGCUUGUGGAGGAGUUCUUGCUUUAAUUGCCAAGAACAUGUCUACAGAGCAGAAGCUGAAUCUUUUCAGUAGCUUCACUAAAGAACAAAUCGAGUUCUUGACACCUUUCAUCCCAAUUAACAUGUCAGAAGAAGUUUUGUUUAAUAGUUUCGCUGAUUCUUCACAAUCAGAAAAAGCUCAUAUCCUUAGAGUCCUUGUUCAACAGUUAAGUACUAAUCCAGAUUCAAUUGAUGCACAAGCACAAUCAAUUGCUGAACAACUUUCUAAGGAAUUAAUGCAAACUGAGGCGAAUUAUUCAAUUAUCAAACCAGCUCUUUAUGUUUUGCAUGAAAUUACGAACAGAUUCGAGAUUACACAAGAAACUCUUCAGGAAGAAUUAGGAUCAAUCUGUUUCGUUGCAACAUACUUCAACAGAUCAUUAAAAGCUAUUGAUGGAAUUGCUCAAAUGAUUAAUUCAUUAAUCUACAAAUUGUUUGAGAAAUUACCAGCACAACUUUCAUUCAUUGCUUUAAUGAGAUCAAUGGAAUCUGUUGAAGAAGUUACAGACACAUCUUUCUUUGCUAAAGCUUUUGUUGUUCUGAUUUCUUCUGUUGUUGAUAGAGAUGCAAAAGAACUUGAUGAAGCAAGGAAAUAUCUUUCACAGCAACUCAAUCAUCUCCAAAAUUCAAAUGCAAAACAGUUAAGAAAAGGAGAUGUUCGUGUUCAAUUAAUACAAGCAGCAAUCCAAGCAAUAACACAAAAGGCUGCUCCAGAAGUUACAAUGGUUUCCAAGAAAUCAUCAAGAUUAUCAACAACUUCAACUACUGCUUCUGCAAUUGCAUCACAUGUUGCGGCUCUUAAACAAAAGAAUGAAGAAACAACAGAGUCAAAGAGAGUUCCAAUCAAAUCUGCCUUCCAAAAGAACGAAGAAACAAAACAAGGAGUUACACCGAGAUCAAACAAGAAAGAAAGAAACAAUUCUUUGUUUGAUGACAGUAUUUCUACCUCAAACAUUGUAAACUCACCAAAUUCAAGGAGUAAAUCAAUAUUAAAUAACAGUGUUGAAGCAUCAGAAAUAUUAUCUCCAACUAAGUCUUUGAAUGAAAGCAUGAAUAAGACACAAAAUGAGAGUUUUAAUACAACACAAAAUGAUUCAAUUCUCUCAACAAGAAGAGUAUUAAAUGAUAGUGCAUCAAAGAGAAUGCCAAGAAAAUCAUUGAAUAAUAAUGAAAAUAAGAUAACUAUCAGUGCAUUACCUAAAGAAGAUCAAUCUCCUGUACAAAUAACAAGGAGUCCUUAUAAAGUUUUAUCUCCUGCAAUUGAAGCUCCAAUUAGUUCAAGAGUUUCUUCACCACGAGAUACUAAUUUCACACCAACAAAGAAGAGUUCUAUUGAUGACAGUUUGUUGAACACACCGUCACCAAUGAAGAAAGCUAGUGAAAUGCCAGCAUCUCCAAAGAUUUCUCCUAUGAAAUCUCUUCAGAAGAAUAAGAACCCACCUAAAGAAGAGAAUGUCACUUCAACAAUCUUAACUCCAACAAAGAAUGGAGGAAUGAGCCCAACAAGAUUGGAAAUUAUUUCACAAACUCGUGGCUCUCCAGUUGCACAAGCUCUUUCAACAGCUUUGUCAACCAGCACAAAAGAAAAAACUAAGAAGACAAAGGGUUCAAGUUCAUCCGUAUCAACAAAUAAUUCAACAACUUCAUCAACACGUGUUACAGAAAAAGCGAAGAAAUCAAGUUUAACUACAUCUACAAAUUCAUCAACAACUACAAAAGCUAAAGCAAGAACAUCAAAGAAUUCAACAAAUGAUACAACAACUACCACAAAGACUGCUAAACAGUUAGCAGAAGAAAAUAGAGCUAAUAUGAAAGCAAGAAUUGCUUACCUUAGAGAAAAAUGGAAUAAAUAA